GUUGCUGGGUGACCCCGGGGAAGCGGUGCUGGGGGGGUGGGUGGUGCUGACGCCCAGAAGCGGGACCAGGCGACAGUGAGGGACCGAGAAACAGCUCCCGCUUCCCGGUUUGCCUUCUCCUGCAUCUGUCCCCCAUGGCAGCGUGGUCCCGUGAGGCAGUGCUGAACCUCUAUCGCGCUCUGCUGCGCCAGGGCCGUGGUCUACGCUACACCGACCGUGAUUUCUACCUCGCCUCGAUCCGGCGUGAGUUCCGCAAGAACCAGCAGCUGGAGCGGCUUGAAGACAGAGAGAGACAACUGGAGAAAGGACAGGCCUUCCUGCACAGUAGACUGGGAGGGUUGGUUUAG